AUGGCGUUGGCCGCGGCCGCGGCCGCGCGCAGAAGCCUCGCAUCCGGUGGCCUCUCCGGUCCCCUCGCCCGCCGCCUCCAUCCGUCACUCCCUCAACUGCUUCCAUCCAACUCCACCGGCGAUCCUCGAAAACCCUCGACCCUUCCACCCCCACCCGCACCACGACCGUUUCACUUCGCGCUCGCCCCUCGCGGGACAUCGCAAACCCUAAGCUUCCCCCCAUUCGGUCUUCACCUCCUCCCCGGGCCAUCCCGCCGCAGCUUCUCCUCCUCCCGCGACACCGGCUUCACCGACACCCUCACCGAUGCCGCCCAUUCCGCAGCGUCCGCGGCGGCCCCGGCGAGCUUCCCCGGCGAGGUGGCAUGGGCCGCGGAGGACUCAUCAAUGGCCGUCGCGGCGGUGCAGCAUCUCAUCGGCGCGGUCCAUUCCUUCACCGGUCUGAACUGGUGGAUUUCUAUUGCUCUCUCCACAGUGCUGCUACGCUGUGGGAUGUUCACAAUUUCGACGCUUGUCAAUAAACGACUAUAUGGUAUGCGUCAGGACCUUGAACAAUACAUCAAGUGGGUAAAGAAUACUAAGGGUGAGAAAUCAAUACAAGAACUUGCAGAUGCAGCAGAUCCUAUGGUCAGGAAGCUUGGUUUUCUGCCAACUCUUCACAUCAUUGUGACACCAUAUACCUUUAUAACUCUUUACAGUGCUAUAUCAAACAUGGUUGAGAAAGUUCCAUCUUUAAAAGGGGGUGGAGCUUUAUGGUUUACUGAUCUGACGACCCCUGAUGCUCUUUGCAUCUUUCCCAUGAUAACAUCACUGUUCAUCAUGCUUCGCUUUGAGGUCAACUAUGGUGUUGCAGCAAAACGUACAGAACGCUCUCGCAAGAUGGAAGAUAAUAUAAGGCAGUUUGUGAGAGCAACAUCUCUUCUGCCUAUGCUGUGGACAGCAACCCUUCCUCAGGCGAUUUCUUGUUCCUUGGUCACCUGGAGUGCUCUGACUCUUGCAGGAAAGAUAGUUCUUAAGCAUCCAGCUGUGCAGAAAGUACUAUAUGGUGGCUCCUUCCGACUAAACCUAAGAUGUUCCUCUUCCGAUGGACAAAAGGGCCUGACUGCUGAAGAUUGCCCGUCUCCUGUCAAAGAAGAGGAUCAGCCAGUUCCCCCAGAGAAAAAGGAAUCUUCUGAUGCCAGCAUUCACAGAGACGAGUCUGACAAGAAAUCGACCAAAGACGGUUAA